AAAACCAAAAUCACUACCAAAAACGCAAGUGUUUUCUAAAUAUUGGCGUAUACUUUUGAAAUUAAAAAGAACAAGAUGGGUGAUAUAGCUGAAGAAAAAGCAACUGAAAGGGUAUAUGGUGGAUGUGAGGGUCCAGAUGCAAUGUAUGUAAAGUUAAUAUCUUCAGAUGGUCACGAAUUUAUUGUUAAAAGAGAACAUGCCCUUACCUCAGGAACUAUUAAAGCCAUGUUAAGUGGUCCAGGUCAAUUUGCUGAAAAUGAGGCCAAUGAAGUCAAUUUCAGAGAGAUACCUUCCCAUGUGCUGCAAAAAGUGUGCAUGUACUUUACUUAUAAAGUGCGUUACACAAAUAGUUCCACCGAAAUACCAGAAUUUCCUAUUGCACCUGAAAUUGCUUUAGAGUUGCUGAUGGCUGCUAAUUUCUUAGAUUGUUAAAUUAAUUUAUUUGUAACUUGUGAUUAUUUUCAUAUCUUUGACACACCAAUUUACAAUAAUUAAUUUGAAUAGAAUUGCUGCAGAUAUAGCAGGACUAGUUUCAAUUUUGUCUAAAUUAAUCUAGUUUAUUUGUAUGUUUUCAUAUGACAAAUUUAACAUGUAAAUGUUAUAUUUGUCAUAAAUAAUUAUUAAUAAAUACCUACCUAGAUAAAUAGAAUUUUAUACCUACAUGUUAAA